AUGGCAAACAUCGUUACAGUCACAUAUGAGAGCGAAUUCUAUCCAAAAAUAGUUGCAUUGCGUCACGUUGUCUUUCGUGGUUCAUUGGAAAGGCCUUUGGCCACAGCUGAAUUGGAGAAUGACAAACGGAUCACUUAUUUUGUUUAUCUUGAUGACGAUGAAGUACUUGGUGUGGUUGAAUUCGAAAAUAUUUGCUCCGAAACAGUUCAACUUCGUCAAAUGGCCGUCCACAACAAAAUACAAGGCAAAGGUAUCGGACGAAAGUUAGUACAAGCUUUAGAAAAACAUGUACGUCAAUUGGGAGUGAAACAAAUUGAGCUUGAUUCACGCUGUACAGCUCGAACUUUUUAUGCACGAGUAGGAUAUGAAGAACUUGGAACAGUUUUUGAAAAAGGUGGUUCACCACAUAUACGUAUGAAGAAACGUAUCUAA